GAGGUCCGAUAAGCGUGCACUCUUGGCAUGCGUGCACAUGGCUUCGAAAGCAUCGGUACUGAAUGGUGGUGGAUUAAAGCUGUUGACCUCCGUACUGCUGGCGAUUUCGACGCCACGAGCAAUCCACUGCGGUACAUCUGCGGGAUCGACCUCACAUCAUGAUCGACUCGCUACUGCUGCUGCUCCUCCUGGGGACAUGACCCCUCCAGCCGACACCAGCAGCCGCAGCCGUGCUGAACCUGCACUCUCCAUUGCGAUCCCUCCUCGUGAGCCCGUAACGGGCAACACACCGCUUGAGGUGCAGAUGUUGGACUUCUCGUUCAGCCCGCUUGGGCCUCGCGGCCUCCAAGACACGGACAUCGAUGCAGCAGGAGUUGUUGAAGAAGGGCAGCACCACCGGUACCCCGACACCAACUCGCCGCCUUCCGCGCUCAGCCUCAGGGAGUGCUCGCUGGGGGACCUUGGGGUUGCAGAGGUUGCUAGGUCCCCGUGGGUGCGUGGCAAAGCGGGAGUUAGGGCGUUGUCGCUACGGCAGAACCAGGUGACGGCUGCCGGGGUGCGGGCCCUGCUGGACUCCCUCCGCUCGGCGGCCGACUCCGGCGACCGGCUGGCCUGCCUCGAGCUCGACUUCAACCCCAUCGGGGACGCGGGCGCGCAGCCCCUGCCUGCGUACCUGAAGGAGCGCGCGGCGAGGGGUGGCGGUGGGCUGGAGGAGCUGUCCCUACGGUUCUGCGACAUUGGGCCGGCGGGGUGCAGGUACCUCUCCUCAGCGCUACUGAAGAGCGCUGCUGCAGCAAAGAUUUCCGCCAACGACGACCCCAACAACUCCGCCAGUGAAGCUCCCACCACCGCUGGCAGGGGGGCCGGGCGGGAAGAGGAAGAGGCGGAGGGGGAGAAGAAGGGCGGUGCAGAGUUUGGCCUGCCUCCCCCGGCGGCUUCUGGGAUCAGGCGGCUCCUGUUGACGGGAAACGACCGCAUCGGCGACGCAGGGGCGAAGGCGUUGGCGUCGGCGCUGAAGAAGGACAGCUCUCUCCAGGUUCUUGACCUCACGAGAUGCAAGAUUGGCGACGACGGCGCGCGAUGCCUCGCCCAAGCGCUUCGGUCCAACUCGUGCCUUCGCGAGCUCAGGUUGGGUUACAACGACAUCUCCGCGGACGGCGCAGUGGCCCUCGCUUCCCUCCUGCAUGCUGGCUCUAGCGCCCUGGAGUGCUUGGAGCUGCAGGGAAAUCAUGUCGGUGAUGCCGGCGCCGUGGCCUUGGCUGACGGUCUUGUCGGGGGAAGCAAGCGCGGUGGCCGGAGGAGGGGCGGUGCGGCCAAGCAGGGCAGCAGCAGCAGGAGGGGGCCUGGCCUACGGUCGCUAAACCUUGCGGGGAACGGCAUCGGGUGCGCCGGCGGGGGUGCGCUUGCCAAGGCCUUGGUUGGCGGGAAGGGUGGAGGAGGGGGAGGAGUCGUGCUAGAGGAGCUCGAGCUCGCGGGGAACGCGCUCACCCUCAGCGCGUCCCAAGCCGCCGCGCAAGCGAAGAGCUCCUCCCUCUACAAGUCGGCGGGCGGCGCGCUGUCCUCUCUGCUCACCACCUUCGUCGACGAGAGCUACUACAGCAGCAGCAACAACAACCGCGGCACAGCGGCGGCAACGGCAGCAGCGGCGGCGGCGUCCAGCAGCAGCAGCUUCGACGACUGCGACCCCCCCCCC